GCCGUGUGUUUGGAGGUCAAAGAUAGCCGGUGAGCAACCGAAUUACCCUCCGGGCCGUGCAAGUCUCGGCGGGGCUCGAGAGCGGCCGGCGACGCCGCCACGUGCGCGGCCGCGGUCUCGUCUUAAUCCCGGCCGUUACGAUCUCCUCGGCGACUUCUCCCUCCCCCGCUUGCCUGGCCUGGGCUGGCCACCCCUGCCACCACCGUCGCCUCCCGAGGCCUCGGCCAUUCUGCGAGGGCUUUCAAAUGGCCCUCUGCCCCGUCCUUCUUCAGCCUAGCGCCGCCCCGUCAUGCAGAGCCAAUCCUGUGAUCCUCAACUUCGCGCCUGCAGCAUGAAGGUCAAGCUCGAGGUCCCUGCUGGUAAGCAGGCGGGCAUGGCGCCGUCGCGGUCCCUGCCGCGGUGCGCGAGCGAGCUCGGCGACCCGCCGUCGCCGUUCAGCUCCAACCCGGCGCACCACCCCGCCUCCCAGCCCACCACGCCCUCCGGGCUGUCGGCGUCCUACGCGGCCAAGCCCGGCGCCGGCUCGCCGCCGUCCACGCCCGGCAAGGCCAAGUCCAAGCCGACCACGCCGGCGGCGGCCAUGGCGGCGUACUACGCGUCGCAGUGGUCGCCCAGGAGGCUCAUGCAGCGCGCCGCCCGCGCGUUCCGCUCCAGCAGGUCGCGCCGCGUGAGGAGCAAGGACCUCGCCGCCGGCGAGGAGCGCGGUUCGUCGCCCACCAGCAAGGUCUCCGACACGGCCUGCGCCGUGAGCCUAGGUGGUGGUGGUGCUGCUGCUGCCGAGCUCGCCCGCAACGAGGGCAACGGCGACACCGCGGCCGGUGUGGAGCAGCAGCAGCAGGAGGAGGAGGAGCGCCACGACCACCCCGACGUCGUCCCCGAGAAGAUCAUACACGAAAUGAACCAUCACGCGGCGCCGGUCGUGGCGGAGGAUGACUGCGGGGCGAUGACAGCGGCGCCGGCGGAGGAUGAGUGCGACGCGAAGACGGCACCGGCGGAGGAGGGGAAGGAGAAUGAGAAGGAGACUGCCGCCGCCGCCGCCACGGAGGAGGUGGAGGUGGAGUCCCCCAAGAAAGGAGCGGCACCCGCACCGGCGGCGGAGCCCGUCGCCGCCGCGGCCGAGGAGGUGGCGGACAAGUUCGUGGCGGUGGUGAAGGAGGCGAUCAGGAAGCACGAGGAGGAGCAGGGCGACAAGAAGGGGGCGGCGAGGAAGUUCCAGGGCAGCCGGGUGAGGACGGCGAUGGAGGCGCGGGCGGAGUCGGAGCAGCCGCGGCGGUGGGAGGCGACGCCGCGCAGCAACGACGUGAUCGAGGAGGCCCGCAGCAAGCUGCUGGAGAUGCGCCAGUGCAGCAGGGUCCGGGCGCUCGUCGGCGCCUUCGAGACCGUCAUGGACAGCAACAAGCAGGACGCCGCCGCCACGCCGCGGCAGCGCUGCCGCCGGUCGGCCUGAGGCCGGCCAACCCCGGACGGCCCGCGGCGGCGGCGGCGACGCAUCGCCCCUCCACGCUCGUGUCUUUUGCCUUGAUUAAUUAUUACCUCCCCCGGCCAGCCGCCGGCCGCCGUCGUGCACGGCGCUCGUUAAUCUCUGUUACUACUAAUUAACCCCCGGUUAAUUUGUGGUCGCCCCUGCGUAUAGUGUGUCACGUCAUGGAGCUCGUCGUGUUACGGAGGAGUAUUUUGUAAGGAGGAAGAAGACCGGUGUUACAUUUUUGCCAACAUUCUUCGUAUAAUUAUAAUUUCAUCGGUUUAGUCUUCCCUGAAA